GUGUACCGCUGGCCCAAUUUGGAGAAGCUUACUACAUUUCCCAUGGAAGAUUUUGAUUUAGAAGUAUUUAUGAUUUUGAUUUCCGAUACCAGUCAAAAUCCAGAUGAAUAUAAGGUUCUGGUUCCGUGGAUAGGUGGUCAUUUUAAACAGAGAAAUAGAUCAACCCCAUUGAAGGAUGACCAAUAUGACACUGAAAUUCCAAUUGACUGGCAUCAAGUUGGUCGUAAUUUUCUUGAUGCAACUGGCCUUCCUAAAAAUCUCCAAAUAAAGGUGAAGGAACAGGAGGCAGGGCAGCUGUUUGAACUGUUGUCAUCCACUUGAUGCCAUCUCACUGACAAUUUCUAGGCGUCUUGCGAAAUUGUGGUUACCUUCCAUCAAUAUUUUGGCCUGCAAAUAACGGGUCAGUGAAUAUAAGACUUGAAAAACAAAGGUAUUCUGCGGCACAAUAAUUGCCAUGGAAAUCAUCUUCCCACUCUUGUCGUUGUCUUGUUCCUCUUGUCUCUCGACAAGAAGUGGUUGCCUUGUAAGGCAUUUUGUGAUACUUUUGGAACGCUGCUGACUUGCAAUACAUUGUUAGUUAUCUCAUCGCCUUUCCACUGUUAAGUAUUGCAUGAAACUUCGGAUCCAUUAAUUCUGUGUAUUUGGAGGAUUAAGUGUCCGUUAGGUGGGCUGAUACAAGAUUAAUAACAACAGAUAACGAUUUGCC